GAGACAAUGACAUCAGUUUAACAAUACGUUUAUUACGCUGGUUGUAGUUUGCGUUUGUGUUUAGAACCACUGCAGCGUACUGACAAGCGUUUUUUGGAGCUGAAUUAUUCUGCCUCAGUUUGGUUUGUGAUGUUCCCUCCCUCACUGUUUUGGACCCGAAACCGCCGACCAGUGAUAUUGGUGUGCUUUUUCUACAUUUUCAUGGUUCUGUCCUAUUUGAGCGUUGAGCCACAGCGAGCAUAACAAUGGAAGAGGAGGAAAAAAGACCCAAGUCUCAAGUCGGAGAAGGCAGACACUUUGACCCAAACUUCAAAGGGCCCAUUCAAGACAGGGGGUGUACUGAUAUUCUAUGCUGUCUUCUUUUCAUCGUGGCCUUGGCUGGCUACUUGGCUGUGGGGAUCGUCGCCUGGUCUCACGGUAAUCCCCGAAAAAUGCUCUAUCCCACAGACAGUGAUGGGAACCUUUGUGGGCAAGGUUCCAUGGUGAAUAAACCAUUCCUCUUUUACUUCAAUAUCUUGAAGUGUAUCGGUCCACAGGUGCUCGUUGAGUUCCAGUGUCCCACCACACAGAUAUGUGUGGAAAAAUGUCCUGAGGACUCUAUGCACCGGGCAGACGCUCUGAGGUCCAAUCACAUGAGUUACAGGAAGUUCUGCAAGGAAGUGGAAGGAGAGGACACCAGUGGACUCCCUGCCGAGUUAUGCCCUCACUAUAUCAUACCCAUGGCACCCUUCACACGUCGCUGCCUUCCAGACCUGUCACCAAACAAAAGAAGCGAAGCGAUGAACAAUAUAUUAGGUUCUAAUUUCGCCCCACCAGAGGAUUUUCUCGACGCGUCACAACAAUCCAACUUAGUUGUUCAAGCUAAUUUUGUGGCCAUGAGAAUCUUUGAGGACUUCGCUCAGUCGUGGCACUGGAUAAUGGUGGCCCUUUUGAUAGCCACGUUGAUCAGCUUUAUCUUCGUCAUGCUGCUUCGCUUCCUGGCCGGCCUCAUGGUCUGGAUCAUGAUUGUCCUGGUGAUUGCAGUUAUUGCGUACGGUAUCGUCCAUUGUAGCGUGGAGUUCAACAAUCUCAAAGGAGUGAAGGAAACGGGACAGACCUCCGACAUGGGCCACGGGACCAACCCCGGAAUCUAUCUUGACAUCAGAACUACCUGGCUCGCAUUCAGUAUGCUCCGAUGUGCUUACAAUCACCCACACUGUUUUAAUUCCCCCAUUCACUCUUUUGCAGUGAUCACUCUCAUCGUUGUGGAGGUCUUCAUCAUCAUCCUUCUUAUCUACCUCAGGAUUAGAAUCUUGGUCGCCAUCGCCCUCAUUAAAGAGGCCAGCAGAGCCGUUGGACAAUUGACGUCAACAUUACUCUUCCCCUUGCUGACCUUCACACUCUUGUCAGCGGUCAUAGCUUACUGGGCAACCACUGCUGUUUUCUUGUCUACAUCUAGUGAGCAGGUGUACAAAUAUUACUGCAACGAAACAAGCUCGUGGCAGACUUGUGACCCUAAGAUUACUGUUACCGACCACAGCUGUUCAGCGUGUGCCUUCGCCUUCUAUGGCGGAGAGACUACAUUCCACAAAUUUCUCUCAGUGUUCCAGUUUUACAACCUCUUCCUCUUCUUUUGGUGCGCCAACUUUGUGUUGGCCCUGGGGCAGGUCACCCUGGCCGGGGCCUUUUCCUCGUAUUAUUGGGCUUUCAACAAGCCUGACGAUAUUCCUGCCUACCCCAUCAUGUCCUCCUUGAGAAUAGCCCUCAGGUAUCACAUGGGCUCCAUGGCGUUUGGUUCUUUGAUCCUGGCUGUGGUCCAGUUCAUCAGGUUUCUUCUGGAGUACAUCGAGCAGAGGUUGCAAGGUGCUGAAAACAGGUUUACUAAAUUUCUACUCAAGUGCAUGAAACUUUGCUUUUGGUGUCUGGAGAAAUGCAUCAGGUUCAUAAACAGGAACGCAUACAUCAUGGUCGCCAUCUAUGGGAAGAAUUUCUGUUCAGCCGCCAAAGACUCCUUCUUCCUUCUCAUGAGAAACUUCAUCAGGGUGGUUGUGUUGGGAGGAGUGACCGACUACCUUUUGUUUCUUGGAAAACUGCUCAUUAUUGGAAUUGUGGGCAUCUGCUCGUUCUACUUCUUUACUGGAAAAAUGAAAUACGCAGAGUAUGCAGCUCCUUCUCUCAACUACUACUGGGUGCCAAUACUGACGGUCGUAGUUGGAUCCUAUCUCAUCAGCACUGGCUUCUUCAGUGUGUAUGCUAUGUGUGUGGACACACUCUUCCUCUGCUUCUGCGAGGACAUGGAAAGGAACGACGGCUCCGCUGAAAGGCCUUACUACAUGUCGCCCGAGCUGCAUGAAAUCCUCUCCAAAACCAAAAGGCUGCCGAAACGUACAGAACCUGCCGCCAAACCAGACGACGUGGUGGUGGAGCUGGAGGAGGGAAGUAAUGUUCAACAUCAACCAGACGGAAUGAUUCAACUGAGGCAGCAGCCUGCGCUCAACCAGAUGAACCUGGCCCUUUAGGGGGAAACCAAGGAGCGAGUCGUUAGUGAAGGAGAGAAAGAGGUGUAGGGGUGGGUAGUUGCAUUAGAGCAGGAGGAGAGCAUGAUGGAGGAGUUUUGAGAAGAUAAAGUAAACGGGGGAAUGCAAAGGAAAUAGUGUCUUAAAUAGGGCUGCACAAUAUUUUUUUGCUUCAACAAUAUCCAUUAUAUAAAUUUAUAUAAUUUAUAAUUUUUUUCCAUUUAGUCUAGGUAUUUUGUAAAAAAAAAUCAGAUUUUUUUUUCUUAACCAAAUAGUACAAACAAUGACUCCAAGGGGUUUACGAGCCGUGUCCAAUGUCCAAGUCACAGCACUUUCGGUUUGAAUAAGAUUUGAUGCAUUACUUUUUUUGUUGCUAAACAAUACAAAAUCCCACUCCCACUCGUUUGUAUACGAGUGAAUUCGCACAUGUCAGAGGCAGGUGGAAAAGAGCGCUUGAUUUGCUCAUAACCUAAUCUAUAGCACCUUUUUUUUUUUUAAAUGGAGCUAUUUUUUUUUAGCAGAUUAAUUGCAUGAUGUCAUCAUUUUGCAAUAUCACCAUCAAUGAUUGUUGUCUACUGGUGUCAUUUACAUUUAACAGAGAUUUUUUUUUUAACCCCACUUUACGCAAAAACGCUCCACACGGUUGAUAUACUUUAUGAAUCGUGGAUUUUUCAUGUAUUUUUUAUCAUUGUAUUGCCACCGAUUUGCCUUAGUAUAUUUGACACAGCCAUUGUGACCUUUUGGACUCCACUUAGCCCACCUACCUUGCUGCACCCACACAAAAAUGUAUAUAUAUAUUACUGUAUAAUGAUGUAUAAAAAUUGCUGGCUUUCUAAAAAAAAAUGAUACAUGUAUCCUGUACAAUUUACCUGCGCUGUUAUCAGAUGUAAAUGAUGACCUACUUAGGGUGAAUGACAUGUUUUUGGAAAUCACUGCUAUGUAUAGCGAAUGGAAUACGAACACGAGUGAUGAAUUUUGUGUAAAUAUCUUUUUUUUUAAGUAUGCACAGCUAGCAGAAAGCUGCAUCAGAUAUAGUUGUCCCUCACAAAUGAGCGCCGUUUCGUGAUAGACAUGGCCUAUUGAUGAAAAUAUUGAUAUAUGUUGUAUUCUGUUCAUGGGACUUGGCCUAUUGAUGAAAAUAUAUGUAAUAUUCUGUUUAUGAGACACUAUCGUGGCGAAGUCUAAAGGUGACUAUAGGCGUGUUAUUUCAUGUCUACAGGGCAAAGUUAACCAGUAACUGAAAAUAUAGCAUUUAUUGUUAGUGUUGAAUGCUAUUAUCGCAGAAGCAGUCUGGUCUUGAACAAAGUAACCGCUAUCAAUGAGGGACAACUGUACAUGUUAAAAGCUGUACAGAGUUCAUUGUUGAUAAUUUAAAUAAAUGCAUGUU